AUUUCCUCAAUUUCAAAUCAGUUUUACAAUAGUUCAACUUCCUUGUUUAUCUCUAAUUAACUACUCAUUAAUUUCACUCAUAAUUCAAAUCUAAUUCCCAAAAAAGGUAAGAUUCUAUACUGAUUUUUAAUUUUCACCGUGUAUUUAACCUAUAUUUUUUUUUUUUUUUUUUUUUUUUUUUUCGUUUGAAUCAGGAAUGCAACUCUAAAUAAUUAAUUAUCACUGUUUGUUCUUGGUUGUUUUUUCUUAGAUUCAAGUGAAAUGGCUAAGAAAGCUUCUACUCCGAUGAGGAAUAGAGGCUCUUAUGCUGAGAAUCGUUCAAAAAGAAUUAACGAUCCUAGGCGUUCUACUGAUUAUGUUGAUUCGAAGAGUAAACAACAAGAAAAAGUGAAAAAGGUUUCUCAAAUGGAGAUACAAAAGAACAGAAAGUCUGGUAACAAUGUUGCUAAUGUUAAGGGCAAAAAAAUUGCUAAAACCAAACAUAAUGUCGAUGAGGAUGAUGAUGUAGAGGUAUAUUUAUGUUAUACUUUCAGUAUAUUUAUUUCGUUUGUAUUUUUUAGUUCAGUUAUUACAGAUCUGUGAAUUAACCAUAUCUAUAUUUUAUGUGCAUUUUAAGUAUAUUUUGUAUUGUUAUUUUUUUUUCACAUGUUUCUUCAGUUAAUUCGUGUUUAUUGUUCUUCACCAUAACUGUAAUUUUUAAGAUUUUUAAGUAUAUUUGUGUAUAUUUUGUUGUGA